CAAAGUUUGUGGAAGUAUACAAAAUAAGAGAAGAUCACACUGAUCAAAUCCCAAAGAAGAAAUGUCCAGCGUCACUUCGGAGCUUGUUGUAAUGGAGGCUACUCGUUUCCAGCACACUCCUUAUUACUGUGAAGAGAACGUGUAUCUGCUCUGCAAGACGUUGUGCGAGAAUGGUGUAGCGGAUGCAACGGGUUCUGAUCUGUUUGUUGUUUUUAUCUCGAAUGAGAAGAAGCAGGUUCCACUAUGGCAUCAGAAAGCUAGUCGCAGAGCUGAUGGGAUUGUACUGUGGGAUUAUCAUGUCAUAUGUGUCCAGCACUUUGCUUCUGAUAGAAGACACAUGAAAGAACCUGAUGGAAGUUGGACUGCUCAACCUCCACCCUACGAACCCAUUGUUGCCCAAGAUGGAAUCUUGCAUAAUUUGAGCGAGUACAUUGCCAUGAGUGGUGCGGAUACAUUGUCGAGCUUGGACCCUGAAACAGUGAGAACGGCAAUUUCUCAGAAACUUGGCGUGGUUGUGAGCCACACUCAACUUCAGGAUCUUUUCACCAAGCUUCCUUAA